GCAGGGAGGGCGCAGGCAGGAGGAGGGGCUCCCGUGCGGGGCAGAGGCGGAGCGAGUGGCCGCGCCGUGCAACCAAGUGAGUUCGCUCCGAAGCCCGCGCCGCCGCCGGCCCGCACCUCGGGCGCCCGCCGCCCCCGCCGCCGCCCGCGCGGGGGUGUAGGAUGCUGGCGGGCGCCAGGCUCCAGCGGCGGCGGCGGCAGCUGCAGCAGCCCCAGCAGUCCCGGCGGCGGCAGCCUCUCCCGUGGCCGAUGAAUGCAGACCCUCCGCCACCGCCCUGGGUUUGGAUGGUCCCCGGCUCCGCCGGGCUUCUCCGGCUCGGCGCUGGGGUCGCGCCCCCGCCGGUGCUGCUGGCUUCGGCGCAGCCCGCCGCCGCCCCGCUGCUCGCCCGACUGCCGGGGUGGCCAACCCCGGGCGAGCCCCUGCUGCCCCUGCUGCCGCUGCCCUCUGCGCCAGACCACGCCGUCCACCAUUAUCCCCUGCUCCAUGGACAGUGGCUGUUCAGUGGUCAUUCUCCAUCCAUAGGACUAUCCCCAUCCUCUGUUGUGGAGCUGAUGCCCUUUUUCCCACAUGUCUGUCCUGCUCUGCCACCUCCUGUUGGGAAAAGCUGGAUAGAUAAGAGGAUCCCUAAUUACAAGAUCUUUUUAAAUAAUUCCUUUGCUCUGGACUCAACGUGGAUAUAUCCUGAGGAAUCAGGACUCUUCCAUAGUCACGAAAAACCUCAUUUUCUGGCAAACCAAGUAACUCCGUCUCUGUCUAGGCCAGCUCCUGCCUCCAGGCCUUUCCCCACUGUGGUAUUAGCAGCUCAACCAGUACCAGGUCAGUCCCCAAAUAACAGUGUGAUAAUGACUUUUGUGUCUGUUUGUGUUAAUCAUAAGUCAGCUUGAAAUCAAAGUGCCAUUUUCAUGACACAAUUCUCUUAGCAAAUUCUCUUAUGAUGGAUUGUACAGUGUGAAUCUUUUUAAAAAUUAGAGUUGGGUCACUCACCUGUUAUCAUUCCUCAGCAACAGAGUCAGUUUUGAAGAUGAGAUAGUAGAGGGAUUAG